UAUUACAUUACACGUUUUGAUCACAUUCGUCUACAAACACAGCUGCCUAAACAAUAACAUUUCAGGCCAAACAAUUCCUUAACACCAUCAAAAAUCUCCAGAUCACUCCUCUCGUCGUCUUCCUCACACAAAAAAAUCAAAAACUUCAACCCAAAACCUGCAAAUUUUUAUCUUAUUCGAAAAGUAUCAUCUGUGCUUAUUCAAUUCUUGAUCUGAUCAACAAGAGAAACAGAAAUGGAUUGGGGAACAGUAACAGCAGAAGAUCUAAUCAGCGCUUUAAAAGAAGUGGAAUGGUCAACACCGCCGCGUGCAGUCAACGAAUUCUUCUCUAAAUUCACUAUCCCUAAAUCUUACCCUAAGUGGAACAGCCGCUUCAAGUGCAAUCUUUAUUAUUAUAGGACCAACUAUUUUAUUUUGAUGUUGUUGGCUAUUGGGGUCGCUUGUUUGACAAGGCCUAUGGCUAUUUUUGGUACUGCUUUGACAGCUUUGAGCAUUUCUUUUCUUAAUGAUAGCUUUGCAGCUUCUUUCAGUGAGAAGGUGACAAGAACUAUGAGAAAGGUCUCUCCACAUUGGGCAGCAAAAAUGAGGCCUCCUCAUAUGCCUGUUAUUCGUGGUCGUCCAUCAGCGAAAAAAUCAGUAUUCAUCUGUGGCCAACCUCGUGGGGUGUUCGUCUUUUUAUUCUCAGCUGCAAGUUUUAUUCUGUGGUUUACUUCCAGCAGUCUUUGGUCCGUAUUGUGGGCUAUUGGAAUCGGCCUCCUUCUAACCAUUCUUCAUGCUAGCGUCAGAACACCCAAUCUAAAGGCCCGCCUCAACACAUUCCGUGAAGAAUUUCGCGAAGUAUGGCGCAACUAUAGCGAUCUUUGAAUGGCUAUGGAGUGUGGAGUUAGAGGGUAUUAGAAUGUUUGUAAAUCCUGAUUUGCUCUUGAAAUUCAGUUAAGCUGCAACAUUCUUUGUAAAUGUAAACAAAUAGCUUAGUCAUAUUAAUGGAGAGUAUUAAGGAUUUAUAAA